GAAUCAUUGCUGAUUAUUGGCUUAAAUAAUAGUACUAUAAAGUGUAAAGAAAAAUUAUCUUCAAAAUUCGCCUACAUCAUGUGAUGUAUUCAUCGCGUCAAUCUUGUUUGGUGCGUGCUGGUGCGUGCGUAGGGCACGGUGUGUAGGUGGAAUAUCCAAACGUUUAAAGAAUUGAUCUUAUUUAAAUAUCUUUAAACUAUAAAAAACUUCAAAAAUUACGCAAAUGUCUGAAUCAGAUUUAUUAGCUAAUGACCAUAUUGAUGGCCUUGAUGGACUUGAAAAUGGUCAAGAUGGUGAUGCUAUUAUGCAGUGUGAUGGAGUUAAACGUGAAUUGAAUGAAGCAAAUAUAGAUGAUCCAGAACUAGAAGCUAUAAAGGCGCGUGUAAGAGAGAUGGAAGAAGAAGCAGAAAAAUUAAAGCAACUACAAUCGGAGGUGGAUAAACAGAUGAACAUGGGUAGUCCACCUGGAAUCACGAGCCCAUUGAACAUGUCACUCGAAGAUAAAAUGGAAGUUGACAAUCGAUCUAUAUAUGUUGGAAAUGUAGAUUAUGGUGCCACAGCAGAAGAAUUAGAACAACAUUUCCAUGGCUGUGGUAGUGUCAACAGAGUAACAAUACUUUGUAACAAAUAUGAUGGUCAUCCCAAAGGUUUUGCUUACAUCGAAUUUGCAGAACGUGAUUCUGUACAAACUGCAAUGGCUAUGGAUGAAUCUAUGUUUAGAGGACGCCAAAUUAAAGUUAUGCCAAAAAGAACAAAUAGACCAGGGCUAUCAAUGACAAAUAGGGGGCCUAGGGGUGUACGAGGUUAUCGUGGUAUGGCUCGAGGGAUAAUUCGUGGCAGUGCAUACUUUGGAUACAGACCUACUAGGAGGCUAAGAAGUUACAGGCGAGGGUACUAUAUGCCAUAUUAAACAUUUUAAACAUAGUGCUAUGGUUCAACGACUUCAAG